AUGUCGGUAUCUGUACGCGUCGUGUUGUGGCGCAGCGCCGGCGGGCGCGCCGGAGCGCGUGCGCUGCGCCGCGGCGUCGGCGCAGGCGGCGCGCGUGUGGUGGCAGCCCCCGCCCCCGCCCGCCCCGCGCCUGCUGGGGUGGUGAACGAUUUGGAGGGUCAAGUGGAAACGCGUCGCGCGGGCGGCACGGAGACGGUGCUGCAGGCGCUGCAGAGCGGCACCAACUACUCCAUCUCCGUGCGCGCGCGCACCGCCGCCGGCCCCGGGCCCGUCUCCGACCCCGUGUCCUGCGUCACGCUAGAGGAUAUUCCAGGGCCCCCCGCAGACGUAAAGGCGUUGGCGCACUCUGAUCAGUCGGUGAUCGUGAGCUGGCUCCCACCGGAACGCAGGAACGGGAACAUCGAUCACUACACGGUCUACACGAGACCACAGAGGGGUGGUCAGCAGUCGCAGGUGAUGGUGAGGGCGAGCGGGGCUCGGCAGGGGGCGGCGGAGGGGCAGAGGGAGCUGCAGACGGAGGUGACCGGUUUGAGGGAGCACGCGGUGUACGAGUUCUGGGUGACCGCCACCUCCGCCGCCGGGGAGGGGGACACGAGCGCCGUCCUCACCACCGCGCCCCACGCCAGAGCUCCGGCGGCGAUCUGGUCGUUCGGCGGCGUGGUGCGCGCCGUGUGCGGGCGCGCGCUGCGGCUGCGCUGCGGCGCCGCGGGCGGCCACGUCACGCGCGUGUGGGCGCGCCGCCGCCCCGCGCCCCCGCUGCAGGCCGACCCGCGCUACCUGCUCGACGGGGAAUACCUCGUCAUACUCAAUGUGGACCGCAGCGUGGCGGACAACUACACGUGCGCGGCGCGCAACGCGCUGGGCGCGGGCCGCGCGGCGUGGGAGGUGCGCGCCGCCUGCGCCCCCCCGCCCCCGCGCCUGCGCCUGGCGCACGCCGCGCCCGCCGCGCUCGCGCUCGUCUGGGACUCCACCGUCGGACCUAUCAAAGGCUACACCCUGGAGCACGGGCGCGCGGAGGGCGGCGCGGAGGGCGGCGCGUGGGCGCGCACGCGGCUGGCGGCGGACGCGCGCGGGCACACGCUGCGGCGGCUGGCGUGCGGCGCCGUCUACAGGGUGAGACUGAGUGCGUACAACGCCGCGGGCGCUUCGCCGCCCAGCGAGGAGCUGCUCGUGUCUACUAAAGGAGGACCCUCUAGAGCGGCACCAGAGAAGACGUUGAUAAUGACGAACAGCAGCUGCGUUAAUUUAAAUCUUCUCACGUGGGACAGCAACGGCUGUCCUCUAUUCCCGUUCGUUGUAUCUGUGAGAGGAUUCGAAGAGACUUCGUGGCGAUCCAAGACUGUGGGUCCCGCCAUCCAACCGACGUCCAUAUGCGACCUGCAGCCCGCCACUUGGUAUCAUUUGAAGAUCGUCGCCACUACCGCUGCGGGGACUACACUAGGGAACUACUAUUUCGCCACAUUGACGGAGGAGGGCGGUAAGGUGCUUCGAAUCGUUGUUUCUUUAAGUUAAUGACAAAAAAGCAUGGACUUAGUACUAAAACAGGACAGAAUACUUCCAGCUAAAAAGCGAGCCGAGCUAGAUGCCAAGUAGAGAGGCUUUAUGUCCCUUUUUAAUAAGGUGACAAUAAAAUUUGUUUUUAUUUAUUAUGGAACAAACAGUUUAUACCACUUAUGAGCACAAAGUAUUAACAAAAAGUAAAUUUACAGUUCCCUUUAUUACCUUAUUUAUAAUACAUCUCAACUGUUGCAGGUACCUCUCUAUAAAAUAGAUUUAAUGACUACGUAUUACACAUUCUAUAUAACAAUGAUCAAUAUCAAAUUAAUAGUAGUGUUUUACCUAUGUUUAGAGUUUUACCUACGUAUAUUAACAAUUACACUUAUACAUCCAAUUGAUGCAAAUGUACAGCGACUUAGCGUUUACAUUAAACUUUCAAAACUAUUAACGUCGUUGUGUAGCGUGCAAGUUAUUCGAUAUAGUUAUUGCAUCCGUAACAAGUUUUGCUUUGUUUCACACCGAAUAAUUAUUUUUAGAGUUGUCCUUUCCUUAGGAACUCGAAAAUCAUUUUUUUUUUUCUAAAUGUACUGGGCAACGUCUAAGUCAAUUAAAAUUUUGAACGAAUAGUUUAUAAAUAUAACAUCUCUUCGGUGUCUUUAGGAUGUUAUAAUUAUGAAAACUAGAGACGUCUUAUAAUUUAAGUGUGGAUUACUAGUUCUGUAAUCCAACGAUUUAGUUAACUUGCGCUGUACCUUUUCGAAUUUGUCUU